UGCUGGUUACUGACAACUGCCCUUUGACAACCCUCUUCUGCCCUUUACUGUAGCUGUCUCACAUUGUUAAUCUGGGAAUAGUUUGUUCAGAAAGUAAUUUAUGAAGCUUCUUUUCUGGGUGUAACUAGUUAAAGGUAAAAGAAACAUUAAAUGUCCUUUACCGAAAUAAAAGGGAUGAUCCCCGAGCCUUCCAACAUUCUUUAGCCUAUUCCUAAUAAGGAAAGUUUGUACAGUUCCAGUCCAGCUAAGAGGCACAGAGUCCCAUGUGCAGGAUUCUCUCUAAUUUCUUCAGUUUUCUCUUAAAAUCCCCAUUUUAGUACUUAAAAGAACAGUGUUUACUUUGCUAGACCAGAGGAAGAAUCCAUUAGUAGAAGUAAAGUUUCGAUCUUCUGGUUCCAAUAAGGAAAGCUGAACGGAGGAAGCUAAAGUGAGCAGCAAAUCUACAACUUUCCUAGUAGUGAAUCUUGUCUCUCGGAAAGAAAACAGUAUCCUGGGAUUUAUGGCUCCAGAUGGUUUUUUUUUCCACCUUACAUGUGGCAUAAUGAGAAUGAAGACAUUUCUAUAUGGUUUUUGACGUUUGAGCUUAACCCUUUUUCAUGUCUGACAGCAUUUCAAAGGAAAGAAGCAAACAUGUUUAGUUGAUGGGGUGAUUUUACGUGGAACAGUAUGUCUGGCCGAACUGUCCGUCUGAAAUCAGUUCCUAUACAAAGCCUAUCUGAACUGGAGCGUGCCCGGCUGCAGGAAGUUGCGUUUUACCGUCUGCAGCAAGAUUUUGACUUAAGCUGUCAGAUCACUAUUCCCAAAGAUGGGCAAAAGAGAAAAAAGUCUUUACGAAAGAAACUGGAUUCACUGGGGAAGGAGAAGAACAAAGAUAAAGAAUUCUUACCGCAGGCAUUUGGAAUGCCAUUAUCACAAGUUAUUGCCAAUGACAGGGCUCAUAAACUAAAGCAAGAUUCGCAAAAAGAUGAGCAGAAGGAGGUCUCUGAUUUUGUUACAUCUAUCCUGCCAUUUGGAUCUAGAAGACAAAAUAAAGAACUUUCCAGUAGUAAUUCAUCUCUUAGCUCCACUUCAGAAACACCAAAUGAAUCCACAUCUCCCAAUACACCAGAGGCAGCCCCUCGGGCACGGAGGAGGGGUGCAAUGUCUGUGGACUCUAUUACAGAUCUUGAUGACAAUCAGUCUCGACUCCUAGAGGCACUACAGCUGUCUUUGCCAGCCGAAGCUCAAAGUAAGAAAGAAAAGGAAAGGGAUAAAAAGCUCAGCCUGAACCCUAUCUACAGACAAGUUCCCAGGCUUGUGGACAGCUGCUGUCUACAUUUAGAAAAGAAUGGUCUACAAACAGUUGGUAUUUUUAGAGUUGGAAGUUCCAAAAAGAGAGUACGGCAGCUUCGUGAAGAGUUUGAUCGUGGUGUUGAUGUUGUUCUAGAAGAGGAACACAGUGUCCAUGAUGUUGCUGCCUUGCUAAAGGAAUUUCUUAGAGAUAUGCCUGAUCCUCUGCUGACCAGAGAACUUUAUACCCCUUUUAUACACACCAUAAUGUUAGAUCUUGAAGAUCAGCUGGCAGCUUUGCAGCUUCUCAUUUACCUUUUACCUCCCUGCAACUGUGAUACUCUGCAUAGACUGUUACAUUUCCUGUCAACUGUAGCUAGCCACGCAGGAGACAUGACUGACAAAGAAGGGCAAGAGAUUUCCGGGAACAAAAUGACUUCAUUAAACUUGGCAACAAUAUUUGGGCCUAAUUUGUUGCACAAGCAAAAGUCGUCUGACAAAGAGUUUACAGUUCAAAGUACUGCCAGGGCCGAGGAGAGUACAACCAUUAUCUCUGUUGUACAGAAGAUGAUCGAAAAUUAUGAAAACCUCUUUAUGGUGCCUCCCGAUUUACAGAAUGAAGUUCUCCUUAGCCUUUUAGAGACAGAUCCUGAUGUAGUAGACUAUCUGCUCAGAAGAAAAGCUUCUCAGUCAUCGAGCCCUGAACUAUUAAGGUCUGAAGGAUCUUUUUCCAUUGAAGGAAGACAUUCAUCUACAGACUCUAAUAAAGCAUCCAGUGGUGACGUGUCUCCAUAUGACAAUAAUUCCCCAGUACUGUCUGACCGAUCUGCAAUUGCAAGGCAAGAAAAUAGUUCUGAGAAGAUCUUAAAAGCUGCUGAUCACAAUACAUUAGUCAGUCAUUUACUCUCCAAGACACAGGAAAAUGCCUCAGCACAGUGGAGUUCAAAAGAUGCUACUCCACAGGAGAACUUUGAUAUAUGGGGAACAUGGCACACAACACUAAAAUCAGCAUCAAAAGAUCAAGGAAUGACAGGUUCAUAUGGAAAUAUCUUUGAGAGUAGUUCCUUAAACCAAGGGCAGCAUUCUCUUUCACAUAGUAAUCUGACACAGAACUGGCCUUCAUGUAAGAACUCUUCAGUUGAAGAAGACAAUGGAAAGCCAAAUAUACGAAGGACACAUACCUCAUCUGCCCUUCAGGACUGCAGGCCACACAAUUUAGUGACACGAGUAAGCAGCACUCCCCCUACAGAGACAGCUAGAAGAAACUUUGAACACAAGUCAAGAUGUGAACAACACUUGGUCUCAAGCAGUACAGAACAUGUCACGGAGGACAAUGCACAGACAACUUGCACCCAAAAUAGACCACCACCUUUAAAUUUACGACAUUCUGACAUAAACAGAAAUGAAGCAAGGCUCCCUCCACCUUAUCCGGGCUCCUUCAAACAAGGUGCAUCACAGCCACAUCGAUCACCAGUGUUUUCAGCCGAACAGGCCCUAUGGAGAAUACCAAGGUCUGAUACAGCUGCAGGAGCAUCUUUAGGAAGGACUCAGCUCCCUGAACAAUCUGUUCAAAACAGACAGACUUCACUAAAAGCUCCAGCCAAAAACCAAAACAGUAAAAACAUAACUGAUCCAGACUGGCAAGAAUGGCAAAGAGAAAGAUGGCAGAUAUGGGAACUUCUGUCUGCCGAUAACCCAGAUACACUACCUGAAACCCUUGUAUGAUGGUUCUCACAUAUUAAAAACACAAACGCCUUUAUUGCUAAGAGACUGAAGUGACGUAUGAUACUGUCAAAGUGAUCUUUUUAUUUUUUUACACGUUCUAAAUGUUGAUUUAAAGAAAAAUUGCGACUGUGCUUCAUAUAUUAUCACUGCCAACAACCCAUUUGUUAUUUUCCUUACCCAGGUGUUAGCAAAUAAGAUUGCCAUUGAUGCAGUACUUGCAUUAGUGGUAUAUAAAAAUACUAUGAUUAAUGGCCCUAAAUAUACUUAUUCUAUAAUGGGUUGUAACUUGUAACUCGUAGGCACAUAUAGAAAAACAAAUCAACAACAUUGCUUUUUUAUUUUGUCACUGCACUUGUUUUGCCAUGUUGAUCUUUUUUAUAUCAAGUAUGCACAAGCUGGUUUAUGUGCUUUGAUUACUCUUACAAAAAGAACUGUUCCUUUAAGCCUUGCGUAGAAAGCUUGCUAUGAAAUAAGCCAAAUCGCGGGGCACUAACCUAAGAGAAACACGUUCUUGCUACGUUCAUGUAUCUGUGUAAAUAGAAAACAAUUCAAUUAAUAGGUCAAGGUCAGGUCAAGACUACAUACUAUAGAAGGGUAUAAGCAGUGGUCCUGUGUGCAAACAUUGUUAACCACUUCAGUGCUGCCCUGACACAUUACAUGUCGGUGUGUGGAGCUCUGUUGUGAGUAAGCAAAGGUAUAAAACAACCUAUAUAUAAUAUAUACAAAUAUACAUAUACAAAUAUAUAUUUAUCUUGUGUAGUUUCCUGUAUUGUUUCCCAACAAUAAACUGGAAUCACUGUAGAUUAGGAAUAUGUAUAUAUUAAAUAUUGCAAGUCAUUAAAAAAGUACUGCUUUUCUUUGCUGUUCUGUAUCUUCUACUUUACAAACAGAACAUGAAAGAUCAGUGAGUUGCUCUAAACUAAGUUUGUAGUGACUUAAAGGGGUAUUUCCACAAAGGUCACAAGUCAUCUCCCUGCAGGAUAGGUGAUGAUUGUUCAAUUGAUGGGGGUCUGACUAAAGCAAUCUCCACUGACCAUUAGUGUGUGUGUAGGGGGGAGUCUGAAGGUCACAUCAUUUAAACUGGGGUACACAUAACCACUAUUCUCAUGACUGGCAGGGGUCCCAAUGGUCAGACCCCUACUCAACCAACACUCAUCAUCACCUAUUGUGUGGAUAGAUGAUGAGUGUACUUCUUUAAAAAAAAAAAAAAAAAACUUUAAAAGAAGAUUUACAAACUGGUUCCAAAGUGGUCUACACAAUUGUGUAGAGAAAAAAGUGCUUGUUGAACUCCUCUGUGGUCCCAUGUUCUUCCUGCUCUAUGAAAAAUGGAGUAGAAAUUGUCCCGAAUCAGCACUUAUAUAAAAUAAGUGCAGUCCCAUUGACAAAUGUGACUUCUCUGGGGGACUCCAUCAGAAGAUUUAACAUGUUCAGUCUAUUGCUGAAAUCCAAAUCUUCAUCAGAAGUUCUGUUGCAGAACAAAAUAUGAACAAAAUAGAGGAAUAUACAUUGUAGUCAAUGGAACUGUAAUGCAAGGCAAAAUCUAUGUGCAACAAGCCCUAAGAGAGUCUAUAACAAGUCGGAUAUAGAAUCCCGCUUGAUGUAGAACAAAACAUAUGCCAUCAUUCUUGUGUCAUUCCAUCUACAGAUCUGAGACAUUGCCACCUAAGAUAGCCCUAAGAUGUGCCGUGAAUACUUCAACCUCUGUACCCUAGGGAUCUGAUGUUAUCAUAGAGAGGAGGGACAUUAUUUAAAUCCAGGCACGGAAGGAUUGUCAUAGGAAAACUAGAACGGCAUGGCAGUCUAUAAUUUUUUAUAUUCUUUUUAGGUUUGUAGAGUUUUUAUCUAAAGGGGUUGUCCAGUUAAAAAAGAAAAAACAUUCCAAUGUAUUCAAUUGGGAAAUAGGUGCCAGGAAAUAGUGGCCAGAGUGGUAAUUGGUUACAAAGAGCAUCUCUCCCUCUGGAGGACCCUUCUGUUAUACAUUACACAGACAGCCCAUUGAUUUAAAUGUGUACUUCUAAAUUUACCCUGUGGUGGCACUGCAGUAAAAGGAGAUCCUGUAGAAUCACAUCAAAGGGAACCAGUCAUCUCUCUUUUGGUUUAUAAAUAUUCCCCAGUACCAUGCAUGUGUCGAGCACAGCAUCUAAAUGUCUAAUGUGAUGUCGCAUUUUCAGUAUAAAUUACUUUGAGGCAUGAGGGGCAGUAGGGGCAUGUUGUCAUGCUGCCUCUGCUGGGUAGAUGGCGGAUUGGAGUUGUAAUCUGAGAAUGUGGUAUCGCAGAAGAUUUAUGAGCACAGAGGGCAAAUACUGUGCUCAACAGCUACAAGGUUCUGGGGAAUGUUUAUAAACCAUAAGAGAGCUGACUGGUUCUCUUUAAAGCAUGAAUUUAAUCUAAAGGAAAUACUAACAAUACACAUCUGGGUUUCAGAGCAGCCCUUUACUAUAACAACACUGUUUUGGUACUGGAUCAAGUUAAUUGAAAAACAGAUUUAUUUUAAUGACAUUGCAUAGAUGUGAUAGGUACAACAAAUUGGUAACUGCUUGAUGUGUCAUAAAUCAUGUAGCUUUCAUGGUAAGGCCUGUAUAAAAUGUUCACAUUCUUUUUUAAGUGUUGACAAAUGUAAUAUAUUGGGUAUUUUUGUUGUCUUUUUCAUGUAUAUAUUAUACAUGUCUCAUUGCACAUACAAUCUAGCACAGUAUUAUGCAGGUACUUUAUAGCAUUAGAAAAAAUAUUUGAACGUAAUUAUUUUGAUCCUCAGUGUUCCCAAUGAGGAGUCAUUAUAAAUUGCCAUUGUUUUUUAUUAUUUUAUUUGUAUGAUCCAAAGUUAGGAAAAUCGUAAGUCUUACUCAUUUUGAGUUUUUACUAUCAGGGAAUUACACAUGAAGUAUGCAAUGUUCUUCCAUAGGAGCACUGCACAAAGCACAAACUGAGGUAACAUUUGGCAAACCCUUACCUUCAUAUUAAGGAAUAGUGUACAAAGUAGUUCUUCAAUAUUUAGUCAUGUAUCAGGGGCCAAAUCAGGAAACUGUAGGGGAUUAUGGCAUAAAAUUAGAUUUCAUUGCCAUUCCCAGGAAACAUUUAAAGAGAAGAGCAAUUGGUGUCACCUAAGGGGCUUUUCUGGUCUCCACUGGAACUCUUUUGGCUCACAUUCUUAAACAAUAAAUUAAAAGUAGGAUUGGAUCGUGCCACUAUUUCUGCAUUUGCUUAGGGAUCUUUCCACUUUAUUUUGUGCCAAAUUCCACUUCUACUUUUGAUUCAGCAAGAUGCGAAGGAUGGCAGAUCUAUCAAAAUUGAAAUGAAAUGGGCCUUAGACUGGGUUUACAUAACAAUCAUGCCAUCCGUAGCAUGUAUACAUUGGCAAACUGUCAAAUUGGCAUGCCGAUAUAUACAUGUACGAUCAGGCCCAAUUGACUUUGGUCCAAAUGUAGUCAACUAAUGACUACAUGCAGGUAAUUUUUCAAAUGUAUACCUGACAUGGAAUCAAAAGAAUGGUGUGCUGAACUGGUGCCAGAAAAUUAAACAGAUUUGUAAAUUACUUCUAUUAAAAAGUCUUUAGCCU